CACGAUCUUCUAUGUGCAAACAAGAAUAUUCUCUACCGUUGAGUAGUGCUUUCAAAGAGUUAGUUCAAUUAUUUCAGAUAGGGGCGGUAGAUGGCCUUGAAGGAAAGAUAUAUCCUGUCAAAGUGAGGACAUGUGCAUGGUGUGUAGACGGUGAGAGCUGGAUCAGGUAUUGCAUCAAUGUCCUGGGAAUUUAUUCGACGUGGAUAGCAAUAAUUAUGAGCAUCCAAAGUGAUGAGCUCAAUUUUUUGAUCUUUCGAUACCUGGAAGAAUCAGGUUUCGUACACUCAGCGUUUACGUUCGGUAGAGAGUCCAAUACUCACCAUAUGAAUGUGGAUAGCUCCCUGGUGCCAGCUGGAGCACUGAUCAGCAUCGUUCUGAAAGGCCUGCUGUACACUGAAGCUGAAGUAUCACUGAGCGAGGAUGGAACAGAGAUGGGUAACCGCGAGUCACUGUCACUCCUCGACAGCGUUCAGCCCGAUCUCAUAGCUUCUCGGCAAAAGCUCCAAGAGAGCCCCGUUGCAACGCAGGGCUUACCGUCCAGUUCUGUAGCAACGCUCACUGCAGCAGCAGCCCCUGUGGCUGUGGCCGCAGAGAAGGAGUCUCCAGCAGUACCCCCGGCUGCAACACCAACGCCUCGUAAGGGUUCCAGGGCGAAUGACACGGUGACGCCAUCUCGUGUCAGAUCCGAGCCAGUGUCACGGGUCAAACUCGAACCCAAAGUUCGGCUAGAAUCGAAAGUCAAGCAAGAUCCUCCACCCAAUGCCGAGGAAGCGAUGGACGUUGUGUCACCGGUUGAGAAAAAGGCGGAGGCAGCAGCGGAAGAUAUACCGGCCAUCCCGCCUACUGCAACAGUCACUCACAAUGCGUCAGCCCCGGCUGCCCCAGCGGCGGCCGCUGCCAUCAGCAGCAAUCGUACAAGCAACAACUCUGUGGCGUCGUUUGCCUCGUCACCGGCACAGCAGCAGCAGCAGCAGCAGCCGAUGAGCACAGCACCGGCGCCUGUUACGCCGACUGCGGACGCCGACUGCACAGCCACCAUCCUGCGUGGGCAUUCCUCCGAGGUCUUCAUCUGUGCAUGGAAUCCUCGUACUGAUGCGCUAGCGUCUGGUGCUGGUGAUGGAACAGCGUGUAUUUGGAAUGAUGGAGCAGCCACUGUACUGCACCACCAGCGUGAUGUAGCAGUGAUGCCUAACGGUGUGAAGGAUCCUAAGAUUACCACCGAUGUUACCUCACUGGAUUGGAAUCAUGACGGGUCUUUGUUAGCCACAGCCUCCUACGACCAUUUUGCAAGGGUGUGGACGCCGCAAGGCCGCCUUCUGCAUAAGCUGUCUGGCCAUCAAGGCCCUAUAUUCGCCAUCAAGUGGAAUCGCAAAGGCACGUAUCUACUGACCGGCAGCGUUGACCAUACGGCUGUGGUAUGGGAUGCCCACACGGGUACGAUCAAACAGCAGUUUCGAUACCAUAACGCACCUUGCCUGGACAUUGACUGGAAGAGUAGCUCCAUUUUCGCAACUUGCUCGCAAGAUAAAUCCAUACACAUUUGUCGUGUCGGCUAUGACGAACCACUAAAGAUACUACGCGGUCAUAAGGAUGAAGUGAACACGGUGAGGUGGAAUCCCGCUGGCAACAUCCUGGCGUCCUGUUCAGACGAUACCACGGCCAAGCUAUGGACAGCGCAGGAGGACACAUUCAUUCACAGUCUGGAGAGUCACACGCGUGAGAUUUUUGCUAUAAAGUGGAGUAAAACAGGACCUUUUACACAAUUUCCCAACGCGCCUGCACACCUUGCAACUGCAUCAUUCGACAGCACCGUUCGACUGUGGGAUGCCGAGACAGGAGUGUCGAAGAGCUGCCUUAGCGGACACAGCGAAGCCGUUUAUUCAGUAGCAUUCAGCCCGGACGCACAGCUGCUAGCUAGCGGCUCUUUCGACAACUGCGUUCAUAUAUGGUCGACCAAGGACGCCCAGCUCCUGCACAAAUACAAGGGAAAUUCGGGUGUGUUUGAAGUUUGCUUCAACCGUGAUGGCAACAAGAUAGCUGCAAGCUCAGCUGAUACCUCUGUUGUAGUUCUGGACAUUCGAAAUCUGCAGUCUCGUUUCAAGUAGAUCGCCAGCUUUCGGCCCUUAUCCCGUGAUACCGUUCAAGUCCUCGCUUUAAGUCUCCACAGCGCUGGCUUCUUGCCAGUGUUGUUGGCAAAACAAUGAUGUUUUUUUGUUCUACAAGCACCCAGCGCUCGGCGACGCAGAUUAUUACUGUGGUGCGUUGCAUAUUGUGUUUUCAUCUUGGUGCUGCUUCUGGCUACGUUUAGAAGGUUUGCUGUAUGUGCUGGUUUCCUUUCUUUCAUCUGGGUGCCAUGUGUUGUUUGCUUAGGUUGUGUGAUAGUGUGCUGGUGUAGACGAGUCUGGCUUGGCUUGUCGCUCUCUCUCCCUCUCUUAGUCUCGUUUCUAGGUGCUUUAGGCCUUUCGCUGGCAGGUUGUGUUUGUGGCUGUGCUGGUGUUGAUGUCACUGUGUGUUCCGCUGGUGGUAUUAAUGACUCUGUUCUCAAUGUGUCUUGUUGAACUUGUCUGUUGUGUAGCUGCGCUGCUUGUUGCCCCCUUCCCCCCCCCCCCCCCUCCGCUACUGGUAUUCCAUUCGUCUGUCUGGCAUGCACGCUCAUAGCUACUUCAUCCCUCGCCCCGUUUACCUUGUCCGUGCAUAUGUUUGCUUAUUAUUUUAUCUCUUUCUAGCAAGUGCUAGUGCUUGGUUUCAUGAGCUGUGUGAGUGCCUUCCUGACCUCAAUUCUAAUUUCCCCCCGCACGGCCUCGUUUAUAAUACCCUUUUGGCUACGAGUUGACAAUGUGUUUGGCUGUCUUUUGUUUCUAUUUCCCCUGUAUAUUACGAUGAUUACGCUACAAACGCACAUUACUUGAGUGGCGAUUUGUUAGUUGUUGUUUUAGGUGCUUUUGUGUGUCUUGGUGUGCUCGUGUACUGCUGUUGGUGUUCUGCUUGUUGUCUGGUGUGUGUCUCCAUGUUCGCGGUUUCUCUUCGGCUUUGAUUUCCUCGUUGCCUCCUGCUCGCUUCCGUGUCUUGCUUCUCCUGGCUCGCUCUUUGUCCUGUUUGUGUUCCCAAGAUAAGUCCGUACGCAACACUGCCAACGCUUGAUUGUCCAGUUGUGCGAUUGCUCUUUCCCUUGUCUUUCUUUUUCUGCCAUCAUACUCAGCUCCAGAGCACUGGCUCACAGAGGUGAUGGCGUGUGGACAUAGUGCCACCUGUACAGACAGUACAAUGGUACAGUCUACAGUGUAAUAGUACUUGCUACACGAUAUCAAGGGACACUAUGCUGGCACCCGAACAGUGGGGAACUAUGCUGGCAUUAGGGUACCCGAACAUGAAAAACAUGGAACCGUUUCACCCGUAAUUUUUGGAAUCUGUCUGUUGUUGGCUAGAACUUAGCAGAAACCUUAGAAGUACCUUGUAAGACUUACAUUGACUUUGUAGAGACCUAACAGGCUCACUACUGCACUAGUGACAAGAUGCCGGUAUACAUGUAGUACAAUGUACAUGUGACGGUAACAUAAAAAUGACAGGUUGCAAAUAAUGCAAUGCCAUACGGCCCACAGGCUAUAAGUACGACAACUCGGCAAGUAACGUUAGUUAGUGAUCCACUGCCGGGCCAUGAUUGCUAUCAUUAUCACCAUGAUUGAAUGUGUCAUGGCCCUGCGUAGACAGUACUACUCACCAAUACAUAGUAGUGCUGCACACAUUCAUUAUCAGCCUGUCACCUACCUCUACCGCGGCUCUUCAUCAAUGUUCUCUUCCUUUUGAUUAGGAUAGGGUUACCUCUCCUGUCGCCGGACCUAGACUAUCCAUUACCAUAGAACUGUCAGCUAUUGUCUCUGUUGCCGGUCCGCUGUUCUGCUGUUCCGCUUAGUUGCUCCGAUUCAUGAUUAGCAUUAGCUUCAAUACUUAGAUACAUUACUCUUUGCUGAGUUUAGCACAGCUCACUACUCGUUCGCUGCUGCCUGCUCGAUCCUUCCCUUCGUAGCCGCUCGCAUAGAUUUCAGCUAGUAUAAGUUCGCUGACUAAGCCAGAUAUCGAUUAGUCUUGGAUUAGUCUUGGAUUAGUGUUGUUUGAGUCUUGUAUGAGAAGCAUUAGUCUUAUUCUCUUUAGCUUUCUUGAAUAGACUUUCUUUAUAGGAGUUCCGCUACCGCUCAAGCGGACUUGUCCGCUUGAGCCGGUGUGGCCUUUGACUUUGUAGUUUCUUACUGUUCCUUUGUUCCUUUACUAUAUCGGACCUGAGGGCUCCGCCACCCUGACUUCUCUCUGUGCUUUGGGUCUGAGGUACGCCUGAGUGGAACUACCAAGAGGCGCACAUAUACUUUGUGCAAACGGGCUUGGGAUAACUAACACGUAGGGACGAUCAACCAGCCACGACACUUGGUGCUGUGACCAGGAUUCUUCUUGGUCUAGUUUCCCAGAUCCUCCGCCCUACUCUGGUGUACGCCCUUUCACUCUCCAUCAUCGUUCCGUCCUCCGCUGUGGCUCUGCCGCACAGGCUCUGUAAUCUACGCCGCCUCACGAGUUCUUUGGAUUGUGAGUGCCUACUGACGAUUCCUCGUCGAUCGACGAGUCGUACGCCAAAUCCGUUGAAGACACGCGCUCCGAGUUGCGAACGGCAACAAAGAGAAUACUUACGCCAGGCUACCACUGCGUUCGCAGUCGUUUCCUCUUUGAAGAGAAGCAAAAGAGACGUUCCUCGGUGUUGAUCGUCAGUUGCGCCGCUCUGCUGUUUCAGCAAAGCCAUACGCUCCCAAACGUGUUGUGGUACUGUCAGUGCUGCUUCCGUUGGCCUACGCCUUUGUGAUCAGUCCUGCCUCCGCGUCCGGAGCCCUGGUGAAUCUGUUCGCCUGUGACCAUGGUGACUGAGCCUGUGUGUGUUCCGCUCGCAAAAAAAAUAGUUUCGUCUCUUCGCCGGAUGCUCCGCGAUCCGUGUUGUACAUGAUUGUACAGUCCGCACUCUCUGAGCGUGCGCUCACUCCGUUGUGUGUUCAAACCAGCUCAGCUGGUAUGGUUCACCGGUUUCUCCGCCGAUGUAGUUCCUGUGGGAGCUGUUGACAAAACGCUCAUGAGUUACGUGAGUGCUCCGUUGUACUCGACGAGUUUCGGGUCCCGCGUGUUGGGUCAUUCACCGCUGCAGCACUUCCUCCGGGAAGAGGUUGACUCUACGCGCUCUCCGCCUGAUGGAGAUGGCCAUCCUCCAGCUCUGUGCUCGAGCUCGUUUACGCUGUGUGACGGAGUAUGCGCGUCAUGCCUCGUCGGUCUUCCGCUUGAUUCCGCCAGACCACUUACGCUUAUCUCCUGGUGUUGGCCUUUGUCCGCUGUCCACAGCUCCUGUGGUCCAUUGAUUGUCUUGAUAAUUGAGUGAUUGAGAGAUGGCUCUCGUGAUACUGAUACGCCCUGCAACAGGCGCCUGGCGCCACCUCCGUCCUAUUCAUGUUUCGUUUCUGUUUCCGCUGAUGAUUGUCCUUUGUCCCGCGUGGCGAUUGAGUUUCGCCUGGUCUACGCUUCGUCUGGUCUGAUACGCCUUUGGCGAUGUGGUUCCGCCUGGUGCAAGAGAAGGAUUGUGCGCACGAUUGGUGCGGUUCGGAUCGUCACUGGAGAAGUUCCUGGUCUCGUGACUGGAUCCAAGAUCGGAGUAGAGAGAAAAAGCUCCGAUGGCUCGCGGUUUGUGGUUGCGCUGAUUGCCCGUCGUUGUAUUGCUGCCGAGUGCUGGCGACGGAAUUGAAGUCCGAUCUGACCGUGGAGUGGUUUGUGUUGUAAAAUGCGUAGCCGGCUACGUGACAAGCGGCGAAAGGCUGCUGUGGUGCUCGGGAGCUCGCGUCCGACUGAUCAACGGAGAGCGGAGCUGGCCAGGUAAGAGUACGGAGAUAUAUGCACGCGAUCAGACCACCGUCUUUUGUGAGUUUUGUUUUUUUGGUUGUCAGUGGAGGUUAGCUGGUUUUAUUUUUCAAGGUUUUGGAAGGGUUUUGUCUGAAGUAUUUGUUUUGCAAGCAGUAACGGGUUUACUGGUUUUGAAGGGGUGCAGAGGUAAUGAAUGGUAGUUAUUGAGUUCACGGAGGUUGAGAAUCUUGGGUUUACUUUAGAUUGAAGAAUACGUACUAGAAAGUUCAGGCACCAGCUGUUGACGUAAUAUUGUUUGGUUAUCAUUUUGUUAUUAUUUUUGGAGGUUUUGUUGAUUUAUCCACCUAUUCUAUCACGGGUUCCGGGUCACUGAUGAGUACCAUUCAACUAUGAUGUCUAUGUGAAGUACACCUUUGGGCUGUUACUUUUUCGUGUUACCGUGGUAUCAGGCUCUGUUUUGACGUAGGUUGAAGAUAGUGGUGAGUCUUGUCGUAUGAAUCAUUGCGGGGAAUGUGACUGCAUUCAUGUUGUUAUUGUUGCCGUUGUUGUCUAUCGGUACGAGAGUACACUACGCCGCCCAGUGGGCCUUCCGUAUCCCUAGCUGUGUCGUUCAUUUCCGCCGGUUUGCAUACUGUGGUUGUAAAUCACUCUGGUCAGCGUACCAGAAAGACAAAGUACGUAAUCAUUGUGGUUGCACAUGUCUCGAAUGACACUGCUCUUACGCCUACUUGUGUUGUCUAUCUGGCACACGCCGCCGCUGCUGAUAUUGCAGCCUAGGGAAACCUAUUUGUGUCUCACUGAAGUGCCUGAUGGCUUGGUACAGUUUGAUACGCGCCGUCCUUUCCGCCAAUUGUGCCCCUCUGUGGUGUUUUUGGUAUUCCGCUGCUAAGUUCACUUAGCCAUAUCAUGAAUUUUACGCUGCAUUAUGCUGGGCUGUUGCCACCUGGCCUUGACUGACCAGGCUGCCCACCAUAGUUCCAUGACCCAUCAAUCUCGUUGUUACACGAAGCUGGAUUCUGUCGUGAAUCUGAUCAUUACGUGCAACACUGCUGGGGUCCUCUUUCCGCUUAAAUCCCGUUGCUGGAGAGUCAAUUCUCCCACUGCCGCUCAGAUCAUUGAUCGUGGUGUGCAGUCGUGAGCCAUGCUAACAGACUAUCACGUCGUGCUCGUUCAGCACAGUUCGUGUGUGUACACACUUGGUCUAUGGCUUGCAUUUCGCUGAGGUACAAACCGUUGCGUUUCCUACCCUCAUGUGUAUCAGGUAAACGUUACGCCAGAAACUUUGUGCAUGCGCAGUCUGUGUGCACAAAACGUUCGCCUGUAUCUGUCUGCACUUCCCGUCCUCAUGACGUUGGCGCUCGUCUGGUGCAUCUCGUUUCUAGUAACCUUGUUUGGUUGCUGGUCCCCGCCGAUUGGUCGAAGGUUCCCUGAACUUUGUGUAUAUUAUGGUGUGGACUAUUCCCGGUACGAGACCGUCUUUUGGAUGUUGUGUAUUGCGUCCCAACUAAGCCCGGUCUUAGUGAUUAUUCUCAGUGAUUCUUGUGGAUCAACUGUCUCGCUGCCAUGUUCUUUAUGAGCUAGGCCACCAUCCUUCGAGAUGGAAGAAAAAAAUUCGCUUCUUGAGUUGGUGGAAGAUCUGCCUUCUCCCUACGCCAGUCCAGUCAUCUGUGAGUGAGGCAUUCCUACUGCUUCCUGACUUCGAGUCAUUGGCUCUGCUGUUCUACCACUACAUCUCAUCGUUUCAUCAUACCAUGCUGAUACCAUCACUCACCUAUAGUACGAUGACAUGAACAACAGGAUUCCGUGGUCUGCUGAGCCUCACCAAGUGCCUGUCUUACCCAGCCAUUGCCACCAGUUGCUGGAGUGUCAAUGUUUCUGCUAUGUCUUCGUUGUCCGUCCACCCUGUCACUAUAGCCGAUUCCGUUUGGUGCUGCACUUACACUAGUACUGCUAUGAUGUCGUCUGUUCCCUACUACCCUGAGUGCACUGAUCCAGUCUACCAUCUUGUACUGCCGCCAUCUUCUAUAGUGUCUACCGUCAAAGUACUGUCUUCCAUGUGCCUAAUAGUGUCUGCUCAACUUGAGUCAAGUGCUGUCGUCCACCAUCAUCAUGAGUACCGUCCGCACUGAUCUCUGUCUGCUACCUGAGUGUCACCAAGUAAGAUUAUCUAUGUAUGAACAAUUGUGCCCCAUACAGUUAGUUCUCUAAGUUCAGCCUUUGCUCAUAGCUACCUCUCGAGUGCCUACUGCCCAACUGUUACCCCUGGUCCUGUGCCUUAGGCAGUGAACAAUUAGCUCCUCGCUCCAUCGUGCUUUGAUUAGGAUUUUUUCCCAGCACACAACAAGAUUUUGUGCCAAUAGAUUAGAUCCGCUGUCCAUUCGUUUUGUUUUGUUCGGCAUAGCUCAUCAGUUAUCUCAUAGGUUUGUUCUGCUCCUAGUGACUGUUUUGCGUCACAAUUUUUCCAAGGUUAGACCCUGCUAGAGAUGCCACCUGCCAAAGAAACUAGACUUUACAUUGCGUUCAUUAGUUCUAGCCGUAGGUUCUUUCCGAUUUCGUUUUCCUGAUUCGAAGUCUGAAGCUUUGUUCCCUCUUGCUCGCACCCUCUUUGGAACUACUGCGAUCUUUAGUUUUCUCUUAUUUUAGCCCUUUUAAUUUGCUCUUUUGUGUUGUUUCUUCCCGUCACGAGGACGUGACCCUUUUCUUUGUAGCCGAGGGAGAUGUCAUGGCCCUGCGUAGACAGUACUACUCACCAAUACAUAGUAGUGCUGCACACAUUCAUUAUCAGCCUGUCACCUACCUCUACCGCGGCUCUUCAUCAAUGUUCUCUUCCUUUUGAUUAGGAUAGGGUUACCUCUCCUGUCGCCGGACCUAGACUAUCCAUUACCAUAGAACUGUCAGCUAUUGUCUCUGUUGCCGGUCCGCUGUUCUGCUGUUCCGCUUAGUUGCUCCGAUUCAUGAUUAGCAUUAGCUUCAAUACUUAGAUACAUUACUCUUUGCUGAGUUUAGCACAGCUCACUACUCGUUCGCUGCUGCCUGCUCGAUCCUUCCCUUCGUAGCCGCUCGCAUAGAUUUCAGCUAGUAUAAGUUCGCUGACUAAGCCAGAUAUCGAUUAGUCUUGGAUUAGUCUUGGAUUAGUGUUGUUUGAGUCUUGUAUGAGAAGCAUUAGUCUUAUUCUCUUUAGCUUUCUUGAAUAGACUUUCUUUAUAGGAGUUCCGCUACCGCUCAAGCGGACUUGUCCGCUUGAGCCGGUGUGGCCUUUGACUUUGUAGUUUCUUACUGUUCCUUUGUUCCUUUACUAUAUCGGACCUGAGGGCUCCGCCACCCUGA